AAAACGGACCACUAAACGGUGACAUUCCACAUCCGGAAUAUACCUUACGGCGCAUUACGGAAGACGCACAAGAUGAUGACGUCUUCCGGUAUCCCAUCAUUUUUGUUGUUUACCUUUACUUCCUAAAACUGAACGACAAACUUUGGUUCCGGAUUAUAACGGAAAGUGAAUACCUCGGUUUCGCUAAAUGCCUUUCUACACAGUGUGAACGCUUCGCAGACACUUAGACAGGAAAUCAUCAUCGCGUUACAUUUGAAGCUAAUGAAAGCAAACCCACCAUAGUCCUCCAGGAGACAGCAAAAGCUUUAAAAUCAGAUUUCCUAAUCCGGAUCCUGAACCUAGACAGCUGUGGGCACAAAAUGGACCGGAAGUCCAACAGCAAUGCACCUUCCACAUCUACAGCUGGUUCCAUCAUCUCAUUCAAAUUUAACAAGACUCCUUCUAACACAGAACAAAAACAGAAAAUAGUGGACAGUCAACAUAGACAACAAUCUGGCAUAUCAGAGUAUAAAGUAACAAAGGAAGGAUUCCCCUGUUUUACCUGCAGGACAUGGUUUUUAACCACGUUUAACCGGGAUAGUCAUUGUACUCUUCUUACGCACAAGUUAAAGGAUUUAAAGUUGCAAGCUGAGCUAGAGCAAGUUAUCGAAAAUCUUUCCAGAGCAGAUUUUUCACAGUCAGAUAAAAGAGAAGAAAUUAGUUCGUUAUACACAGAGGUUCCAUGCGUGAAAGACAAAGACAAUGAGGUUCCUGAUAAGGAUGAUGGAUUCUCGAUUAGAAAUAAUAAAGAUUUAAAGGACUUCUUGGAAAAUUUUGAGAUUACAAAAAGCUCAGACGUUUCAUUCGUCUUACAUGUCAUUAGCCGCAUCACCGCCGCCUUAACAGAAUAUGAGGAAAAUCGUUUAAGCUCCAAGAAUAUAUCAGGUACAGUACAUAGUACAGAUGAAGGCAGUAAUGAUGUUUCAACCACUGAACUAUUGUCAGAAGACCUUUCUAUAAAUAAUACAGGCAACUUGGUAACCAGCACAUCAAGCAGAAAGCGUCCUGUUUCACCAUCAACGGAGACAAAUAUAAUGAAGAAAUAUAGAGAAGAGAAUUUUAAAGAGUCUCCAGAUAGAAAACAGGACUCUGCAUCAUUUUCUUCUAAAAACUCCAGAUAUAAACUUCAAGAUGAUAAAAAUAUUGUGUCGUCGGAGACACCAUGCUUUGAACAUAUUAUUAUUUCCUAUUUUUUUGGAAACCGAUGUAACUUGGAAAUUGAAGAAGUGGUUUCUGCGCUUUCUAAAAUGAAUGCUUCUAAAGGGAUAGAUGUUGAUGCUGUAAUAAGAACGUUGCAAGAAACUGGUCGACUGAAAACUCUGCCUGAAACAACCAGUAAUAAUGCAUGUUAAAUAGAAUAAAAAACGUGGAAUUGUUUGCA